CAAAAAUUGAGGAUGUUCACAUUUAAGCCAAUUAGAGUUUAUAAAAGUUUUAAUUAACUUUAUACCAAAAAUAAUUUAAAAUUCCCUUUUUGUUAGUUAAUUAUCUGCUAAUACAGUUUGAUGUACCACUAGACUGUCACAUGAUAUGUUUAAAUCAUCUAAAACUUUUGGCUCCGAUAUAUGUUUUAUAUAGACAAAUUGCUGUAUUUUUCCUAUUGUGACAUUCUAUCUUCAGCUUUCGCCUAUCGAUUUUGCGAAACAAAUAAAAUUCCGGUGGAUACCGGAGUAUUCGUACGUGGGAAACUUGAUUUACACACCCCUAACUGUCGAAGUGCUCCAACAUGCGCGGAUCAGAGGUGGAAAUUUUCGCAGAACAUGCAGGAUCCGAUUGUUUAUUAAUUGAAUUUUAAGCUAUUUCGCGUAUAGAAACUUUUGAGUAGAUUUGAAAAUAGUUUAUUUGCUUAUAUUACGUAGUAACUUGAGGCUAUUGGUAAUAAAAUUACGCGAUAUUAAAGCAAUACUAACGUUUUCAAAGCGUUCUAACUGCUUUGCUACGAAAGACAAUUUUUGUAAAUCGAUGAUAACAAACAUACUAGGAUUUCGAUUAAAGAUUGACCCUCCGAGCGGCGUCGGAGGCGCGACGGUGGGUGGUGGUGGCGGAGCGGCCGGCGGGCAGCAUGGCGGAGGAGACGGCGGCGGCACGGGCGGACAUUUGAUGGUGGCCGGUGUCGGAGUGGACGAGGGUAGUUCGGACGAUGCGAAUACACCCUUGCAGUCGCCGAAAUCGUUGAACACCAGCCGCGACGAGGACGACAGUUCGAAUGCGAACGAAUCGGAUUGCAAGAGUCCCAGCCAAAGAAAUUACCAAUCGACUGCGAACGAUCGAAGAGAAUCGACGAAGGUCGCCACGCAAAGUUGGAAAAAUUUACGAGCCGUCAUGACGUACUACCAUUCGCUGAGAAAGAUCAAGAGGACUAAAUCGAACCAGCGAUGGAUGAAAUUACGGACUACUGUGCAAAUUUCGUCAGCGAUAUCAGCGAAGAAACCCCCCUUGAAGCGAGAGGACUCUUUUUUACAACGGUUUUCAACGAGGCAGAUACCGGAGACGCAGGAAACUGUGGAGGACACCGGAAGCGAAGGAGGCGACAACCACUCGGCUCCGCGAAGGCGUCGGCGGCUACGUAAACAACCUAGGACAGUCAUUAAUCCCGAUUCGAACUUUUAUUUUUAUUGGUUACUAGUUUUAACAGUGUGUGUUUUGUAUAAUCUGUGGACGUUAAUUGUGCGUGAAAGUUUUCCUGAACUGCAGGAAAUGAUUUCGAGUUUUUGGCUAACCUGUGAUUCCAUGAGUGAUUUGGUGUUCAUUUUGGACCUGGCCGUACAGCUUCGGACCGGAUAUUUGGAACAAGGACUGAUGGUGUACGAUUCGAAAAAAUUAUCCUGUCACUACUUACGCUCUCGUGCCUUUUUGCUGGACUUGGCAGCUUUAUGUCCACUCGAUCUCCUCCAAUUUAGAUUAGGAUGGCAUCCGUUACUCAGAUGUCCAAGAUUUUUAAAGGUAUACCGUGCCGUUAAUUAUUAUUACAUGGUAGAAUCAAGAACUGUUUGGCCGAAUUUAUGGAGAGUGAUAAAUCUAAUUCAUAUUCUUUUGAUACUUGCUCAUUGGUUCGGAUGUUUCUAUUUUUUAUUAUCGGAAGCCGAAGGUUUUCGGGGCGAAUGGGUGUAUCCUUAUCGACCAGGAGACUAUGCCACGUUAACGCGAAAAUAUUUAGGUUCGUUGUAUUGGUCAACGCUCACUUUAACGACCAUCGGUGAUCUACCGACGCCGGAAACUAAUGCCGAGAAAACGGGCUCGGUGGACGGCCCUCGGUCCUUGCCGCGCAGAGGGGUCAAGUCUCGACUGCUGCAGUUCAACACCAGUAACGGAUACAUAUUUACCAUUGUAAGUUACUUAAUUGGAGUCUUCAUUUUCGCAACAAUUGUAGGUCAGGUUGGCAAUGUGAUAACUAACAGAAAUGCUAACAGACUAGAAUUCGAGCGGCUCUUAGACGGCGCAAAGACUUACAUGAGACAUCACAAGGUACCCGGCGGUAUGAAACGAAGAGUUCUCAGGUGGUACGACUAUUCUUGGUCGAGAGGUCGAAUACAAGGAGGCGGUGAUAUCAACACAGCUCUCGGUUUGCUUCCCGAUAAAUUAAAAACUGAGCUUGCCUUACAUGUCAAUUUAAGUGUACUAAAGAAAGUAACUAUAUUUCAAGAAUGCCAACCGGAAUUUCUGAGGGACUUGGUGUUGAAGAUGAAAGCGUACAUAUUCACGCCCGGCGAUUCGAUAUGCAGGAAAGGCGAAGUUGCUAGGGAGAUGUUCAUCAUAGCCGACGGUAUCUUGGAGGUAAUCAGCGAGCACGGCAAGGUCCUGACGACCAUGAAAGCCGGCGAUUUCUUCGGCGAAAUAGGCAUAUUGAAUUUGGACGGACUAAACAAGCGCACUGCGGACGUGCGUUCGGUGGGUUACUCGGAACUCUUUUCGCUAUCGCGCGAGGACGUCCUCAACGCCAUGAAAGACUAUCCCGAAGCGCAAGAAAUCCUGCAAGCAUUGGGCAGGAAGCGAUUGAUGGAGGUGAAGGCGUCGGCUAGACAACCGCCGCACAAAGACCACCAUCACGGCCACUUUCACGGCGGCGAGAAGGGUUUAGUCGAUAAGAUUAAAAGCGAAGCGAAAGGCUUGAGAAACGUCCUAAAGAAAUCGAAAACACAUCGGCGAUCGGAGGAGUCUUUGGAACUCCAACCGCUGCAUCCGCCGAACCACGCCAAGGCGACGUUGAAGAGAAUGUCGAGAGUGAAAUCGCACGAUCUCAGCCAAGACGAGAGCGAGAGGAAGGAAACGAGUGCCUCUGAACCAGUUACGUCUCCCAUCGGAGCUGGUCUUCCACUUCUACAAAGAUUAAAGUUGCUCAAAGAAAAACAAGAUAACGAAGAGAGAGCCAAGAGCUUCACUUCUCCGCCAGUUCUAUCCCCUACGUCUUCCGUGGUGAGAUCGCCGCCUCCCAUCAACGAAGAGCCUUCUCCCGAAGAAACCAUCGGCGCCGGGUUGCCUCUUCUCCAGCGCAUCCUCAUGCUGAAAGCCAAGGAAGACAAAGCGAAAGCCGGAGGUAAACCCAACCUUCCAGCUCCCAAGAGCGUCACAGGGCAGUUGUUUAGCGGAAUGACCCUCGGAAAAACACCAUCGCAAAAUCAACAAAUGACGCCUUUACUGAACGCCGUCACUGGAAGAUCAUCAAUAUCCGGGCCUACGAAAGGUCCUUUGUCGAUAGUCAGUGCCAAAGCGGCCGCUCCGGUGAAGCUCCUCAAUAACAAAAUUUCGUUGAGAGAUAGAAUAAAAUUAGCGACGGGAACCAAAGAGAGAGACCAGAGCGUGAAAGAAACCCUUCUGAAAGAAGCGGACGCCGUCCCUUCGGACGCUACAUUAGUGAAAUUAGUGCCAACGCAACCGUCCACAGACAAUAAUCAAUCGAUCGAAGCGCCGGCGACCGGUCAAAGUGUCAGCGUUAGUGUGAGUGUUAACGCGAGCGAAGACGACGCGACGAACGGUAAAAGUUGCGCGGAAAAAACCGACGGCGCCGACAAGAACGAGCCGCCCUGGUCGAAGCUGAAGAAGGCGGCCAUCUCCAAGGAGGUGGAAUCCAGUUCGGCGCCGCCGUCGAAGGACGGGAGUCCGGAUGAGGGUAAAGGCAAGGAGGACGAGGAAUUUGAAACGGCGACGGUGGCCGUUCCUGCCGAGAAACCCAAGCCCAAGCCUAAUUUGUUUCUGACCAGACGGACGAAGCAUUACAGAUCCAUCGAUGACUUAUCCCCCGAAUACGGUCCUCUCCCUUUCGUUAAAAAGCUAAAAAUCCUCAACGAGCGGCAAAAACUCGAAGAACUCGAACUGGUCAUGAAGACCAGGAGCUUUUCAUUGGACAUCCCAGAUAAUCAAAGCAUUGACAGUGACACUCUCACCAGGUCUCAUUCGGAGGGUUGCAGUAUGCACGAGCAGAAACGAUCGGAUAAAAAUUUUCUGGCUACCCCGUUGGUCCCCAGUCCGCUGCAUUCCUCUAACGAAUCCAACGAAACGCCCGAAAGGAGAAAUUUAAAGUCAAUUUUGAAGAAACUCUCUGAAGAUACGAAAGAGAAAGAAAUUAACGAGUCCGCGAUGCCCGAGAAGGUCGAUUCGACUGAGUUCAAGCGGUUAAUGAGGGCUCCCACUAUCGAAGGUUACGCUGCUAGACACAGUAAGUUAUCAAAAAGUGUGACUUUUAACAGAGACACUUUGCAAAGUCCUCCUAAUAGUGCCACUCUAACAGGAGAAACGCAAAAUUUAUUUCCCUUUAUUUAUAACACACCUCUAGAUAAUGGUUUGGAUUUACCUGAUGAAAAAAACCAAACUGAAGCUGAUAAUCAGAUAGUGCCCAAUAAGGCAAAUAACCAAGUCAAACUUCAUAAAGGUUCUUUAGAAGAUGAACAACAGUAUUUCGCGGAUAUACUAAUGGCCAUCAAGCAAGUAAUGAGUGCUCACCUUCAAGACAUCCAAGGCAAAUACCAGCUAAAAUUCGAGAAGCUGGAAGAAGAAAUGAGGUCUAAAGACGAACUUAUCACACAACUCAAAGCACAUAUCUCCGAGUUGGAGCAAGCCAACGAAGAUUCAAUCACCCCUAGCGAUUCUUUAGAUACAGUAAUUAGUAAGGAAAGGCACUCUUGGGAGGAUCCAUCGCAUGACGAACAAGAAGAAUUAGAAGAACUACCCCGUCCAAUUCAUGCUUGGUCUUCUUCUUCUUCUCUUCCUCAACACAACGUAGUUUUGGACAUCGAUUCCACCACCGAUACAGAUUCGAACGCAGAGACCUCGGAACCUGAGGAGACGGACGGCGAGUACGAGAACUCGAGCAAGAAUUGGGAAAUAGAACUGCUAGCAGCACAAAUGAGGGAAAAGCGAUCCGCCAGUUUGGAUCAAACGGCAGGAAGGCCGUUCCUGAAGAAACGGUUCGUCAAGGGCUCGUCAGUGGACCACGAUUGAUAUUUAGUUUUAUUCCAUUGUGAUAAGUACGUAUUAAUGACUGUUAAUUUUCCUUGAUUCAUGAUAUGCAAAAUACCACGCGUUUUUUUUAAUCGUAGAUAGUUUUGUACAGUAAAUUUACUUUUAUGGUAAAUACUAUUAGGUACGUAAGUCGUAACAAUGAUCAGGAUGUGAAAUAAGCCGGUGAUAUUCUUUAUGAUUUUUUAGUAAAUUAAAACUAGAUCAGAAAUGAUAUUUUCAAGUGGAAUAUCUGAGUUAUACAAAAAUCUUCCUGUAGGUUAUAUUCCUUCUUUUGAUUUUUUUGUUACUGAUCAAGUUUAAAUUACUAAUUGGUAAAUACUUAAACGUUUCUCUACUGUCGGCAGUUUGCAGAAUUUAAAAUGUAUAUUUAUAUUUUGAUACUUGCACCCCAAUGAUUAUAUUUUUCUUCGGCGUUUUGUGAUAUACGAAGCAGAAAAUCCUGUUUGCUCAUAUAAAUAAAGAACGAAAUAUCAAAUAGCUAAUAGUUGAUAAUCUUCCCGAAAAAAUGUAUAUUUUUGUUCGAUAAUUAUGGUUUGAUGGAGAGAAAGUUUUGAUUAAAGUUUAGCAAUAAAGUUCAAAGGAAUAAAAAUAAACUCCUGCUGAUUCGAGCCGGUGUAUUAGUUGAGAUCAAAACUUUUUGUCGAAUAUUUCAUUAUUAGAUAUGUAAGAUUGAUGAAACACAUUUGCCAAAAUUAUUCAAUUAUUCAAGUAUUACACUUGUGCCAAUUCUGGAAUAUGUCGUAUUAAAAAUAUAUAAAAUAAAUAUAUAAAAGAUGAGUUAUGGAAAUAACAAUGUUACGAAUGUUGUGAUUGGUUGAAUAAUUUAUUCAUUGGAUUCAGAAGAACUUGAUACAUAAUACAUGUUCUCUACGGUUUCAUUUAUUUAUCAAUACUGAUUACGACAAAGAAUAUGUUAUAGUUCUUUUGAAUUCCACUUGAGAAAACGUUGGUUUUUACACGAAAAUAAAAUGCCUAAGUUACUAUUAGUAUUGAUAAAAGAAAUUAUAAAAUUUAUAAGCAAAUAUAAGAAUGAAGACAAAACAGCAGUGUUUAUUAAACAAUAAAUUAAUAGAGGAAAAUGACCAUUUUAGAAAAUGUAAAUUAUUAAAAUACAGUAGAUAAACAAAUUAAGACAUUAUCUAAAUAGUAAUAAAAAUGUAAAUUAUACAUUAAACAAUAAAAUUACUUAUUAAAUAUAUAUUUUUUUCGUUUUGUAUUAAAGGUCCUCGAAUGUAUAUACAAAACAGUUCAAGAUUGUAAUAUUUAUUUCCAAAUCUAUAAGUUGCUCUGUUACAGAGUGUAAAUUAAGAAUCGUUUUCAACAAGUUUUAAUUAAUUACGAAUUUUCAGUAAAGAGUAUCUAGUUUCUGCAAAAGAACGUAUACAAUGCAAGCAAUAAUGUACAAUUUUCAAUAGAGGCACUAUUUGUUUUUUUGUUUAAAAUGAUAAGUCACACUAAAACAUCAAAGAGUUACCCCCUUAUUCAGAAGUUUUUUUAUAAUCAAAUGGUUUUGUAAACAACGAUUAUAUAUUUCUUAAUUUUAAACAUGGCAACGUUGCUUAUUUGAAUCUUAAACAACAUGAAAAUAAGAUUAGGUUUUGUCAUUCUGCUGUUUAGAACGCCCCAGAAUCAUCUAGGACUAUCUAGAAGUAAAAAUGCUCUGGAACCAUUUAGAACUGUCUAUAACAAUUUAGAAAGCUCGACUCAUUAAGAACGCUCUAGAAUUAUUCAGAACGGUCUAUAAUCAUCUAGAAUGCUCCAUCAUCAUUGAGAACUCUACAGACUCAUUCGAAACGCUUCAGAACUGUCUAGAACCAAUUAAUUAUUAUAUUAUAGCCGAUGCCUUAUUUGGAAGAAGAAGAAGAAGAAUGACAAAACACUAACCUCAUUUUCAUCUUGAAUAAGAUUCAAAUAAGCAACGUUGUCAUGUUUAAAAUUCGGAAA